CACAGAAAACAGCAGUUUCCGCGGCCCGCGCAUGCGCACACCGACCCUCGUAAUCGAAAAGGGGAUUUUUUGACGCUCGUCCUUCCCCGUACACCCCCGCCGUCGCCAUUGUCUGGGAAUGGGGAAUAACCUAUUUCUGUGGUAAUGACGCAAAAGUGUAAGAUAUGAGCAAUUAUCCGAGUAUUUUGACCCCACCGUCGAGUAGUGAGGAUUCGCCACAGGCGCUUUUUUAUAAUUCUCCCCCGGCAUGUUUACCAAUGUUGCCGCAGACGUCGCAAGCGUUUGAUUUCGAUGGGGUCACGCAGCCGCCGCCCCCUUUCUUGCGGAUUCUUGAACAACCUAUUGAUAGGUUUAGGUUUAGGUAUAAGUCGGAAAUGACAGGUACGCAUGGGAGUUUGUGUGGACAGAAUUCAGACAGGAGUAGGAAGCAAACAUACCCUACAAUUGAACUGUGUAAUUUUAACAAAAGAGCAGUAGUUAGGUGCUCUAUUUACCAAUACAACACUAGAGAAAAUCAAAAACCGCAUCCUCACAGACUAAUUAAGAAACAAGGGAAAGGGGAAGUUGAUGACCCACAUGAUGCUUACGUUUCACCUGAAGAGGGUUAUAUUUACACGUUUCAUAGUAUGGGUAUUAUCCACACAGCUAAGAAAAAUCUAGUGCCAGAAUUAGUGAAGAAAAAGACACAACUGAAAAAAGAAGAAGUCGCAAGACUUGAAGGAAAAGUGCGUGAGUUGACUCAAAAGGAGGAAAUUGAGAUUAAAGGAUUGGCUGAGGCUGAAAGCAAAUUCGUUAAUCUGAAUGUUGUUGUCUUGCGAUUUGAUGCUUUUUACGAAAACAAUGGGAUACUACAUCCUAUUUGCCCGCCGGUUUAUUCACACACGAUCAAUAACUUGAAAAGCGCCCUGACUGGCGAACUGAAGAUCGUCCGGAUGGACCACUGCACAAGCCCCGCAAAAGGGGGCCGGGAAGUAUUUAUUUUGGUCGAGAGAGUGACUAAGAAGAACAUCAAGAUCCGGUUUUAUGAGUUGGAUGACGACGAUAACAUGCUGUGGGAAGAGUAUGGUCGUUUCAGCGACCUGGAUGUCCACCACCAGUACGCCAUUGUUUUCAAGACACCCCCAUACAAGGAUCUUAACAUAAAAUCCCCAGUUAAAGUUUUUAUUGAGCUCGAACGGCCGUCCGAUCGCGCCCGAAGUGAGCCGAAAGAGUUCACAUACACGCCUAGUUCGAAUGUCUAUAAACCGGGCUCGAAAAGGGCAAGAACGAGUUAUGACACCAGUUAUGACUCGUCUUUACCUAGUGACGAACUACCACUACCGAUCAGUAAUCUUUGUAUUGAAAACUCCCCGAAUUUGCUCGAUGAUGUGCAGCUUGAAGUCACCAGUGAUGACUUACAACAAGCUAUGGCCAAUAUUAAUUCCGAAGAGUUUCGUCGAUUAUUUAAUGAGUAUGGACAAGACUAUUCUUUGGUGGUGGACGCGCCUUCGCGCGGUUUGAAAAAAAUCGCCCCCAAGACUGGUAAUAAGAACAGGUCAGGAUUUUUAUCCUCUAUUUUUUCUAUAAUUAAAACUUUGUUUUUUAGACCAAUUAAAACACCGAAAUCCAACCACCAAAGAGCAGACAAUAGCGAAGACAUAGUAAUGGCAAAACAAGCAGUGGUGGAGUUGCAAAACUUCAUAAAAACACGACCAAGUGACGAAAAAGCCAUCAAUAUGUUGCGUCACCACUUAAUGACUGAGGAAAAGACCAAUGCUUUACACGUUUCAAUUAAACAAAAUGAGCAAGCUGAUGUCAUAUUUUUACUAAAAAUGGUCUACGUUUGGAAGCAGUACGAUUUAACAAACAUUUACAACGACCAGUGCGAGACUGCGCUCCAUAUCGCCACUUGCAUGCAUUUGGAAGAAAUCGUUUCAAAUUUAAUUGUUUGUAAGGCCGAUGUUUCGAUUGGAGAUUCCGAUAUGAACACGGCUUUACAUCUCGCGGUCACCACUAACGCACCGACGACCAUUUUUGAAAAAUUAUUAUCGUGCGAUAACGUCAAAAGUUUCAUCGAUAACGAAAAUAAUGAAGGCAACACCGCUCUCAAUUUAGCGAUUGAGAAUGCCAACAUGCGAGCAUUAAAAUUACUAUGUUUCCACGGCACUGACAUUAAUAAGCAACACAAUAAGAACGGUUAUACACCUCUCAGGUUUGCCAUUGAGAAACAAAGUAUUGAUUUAGUUGAUUAUAUUUUGCGACAUGAGAAACUCAAUCCGAUGAUUGAGGAUUUCCAGGAUAUUAAUCCGUUACAGGCGGCCAUGAAAAAAGAUAACUCGGCCCUAAUCGACCUUAUUACCGAGUUUAUGCGCAAAAACAACUAUGUUGAUGUCGAAAUUAAAAACGAAGUCGAGGAUUACUCAGAUGAGGAAAUAGAAGAGAAAUACUCCGUGAAAUUGGAACAACUUUCCGCUGAAGAAUUGCGCGCGUUGUAUGCAGACGUGAAAAAUUUUACUCCCGAAUGUUUGGAAGAAAUUUCACGCAUCUUGGAUGAGUCACAAACGUGGCAAAAUCUGGCCGAUUUGCUUGAUUUGGGACACUUAACACGUUCAGGGCUGUGUGACUUCAAAAACAGUCCAACAAAGUUGUUGCUGAAAGUCGCUAUUGAGACAAAUGGCGACACUGUGUUGCAAAUUAGAGACUUUUUGGAGAACCUGGAUGAAACGAGGGCGGUCGAAAUAAUUGACAAUAUGGUCAGGACGCAGUUUAGUUAGUUUCCAUUUUUUAGUUUAGUUUCAUCAUGUUUGUAUUAAUUUUGUUCUUUUCAUUGUUUUGUCAAUUCUAUCUUCAAUAAAACAUAAUAAAGAUAUUUGUUUAAUAAAUCGA